AUGUUCAAAUCUCUUGGGUACUUGACCGUCGCUGCCCGCCUUAAUUGUAAGCUUACUACUUCGUCGUCGUUCGCUCACAAUGUUCAAUCUCCUCGGCUCCAAGCCCUCCAUUCCCUCAUCAAAAAAUGCUUAUCCGUGAAAGGAAUCAAGAGUCUGCACGCCCGAAUCAUCGUCCAUGGCCUAGCCCAUCGUGACUUAACUGUAAACAAACUCAUAGCGUCCUAUGCACUCUCACCAUGGGGUGAUAUUCAAUAUGCGCAGAUACUGUUUGAUGAAAUUCCUCAGCGAAACCGUUACGUGUAUAACAGUUUAAUCCGGGGUUAUGCAAAUAGUGAAGAUCCAGAAAAGGCUGUGAUACUGUAUAAGCAAAUGAUUGUUUCGGCUAUUUUUCCAAAUGAAUUUACGUUUCCUUUUGUUCUGAAGGCUUGUGGUAUUAAAGAGAGUUAUAGAGAUGGUGUUUUAGUUCAUCUGAUGGCUGUUAAAUUAGGAUAUGAAUCUCAUGUUUGUGUUGAAAAUGGUCUUAUAAAUGUAUAUGUUCGCUGUGGGACUAUCGCCUCCGCCAGGAAGGUGUUUGAUGAAAUCAUGGAAAAGACUUUGGUUUCCUGGAAUUCGAUGAUUGGUGGGUAUGCGAGAGUGGGUUGUGGCGAACAACCGUUCUUACUGUUUCUUGAAAUGAGGGGUAGAGGUAUCCAACCCGAUGUUUUUACUCUUAUGUAUUUGCUUUCUGUUUGUUCUCAUGAUUGCAACUUGGAGUUGGGGAAGUUCGUUCACCACAAUGUUGUCAUAAAUGGGAUCGGUGUUGAUAUUGUUUUACAAAAUGCAUUUCUUGAUAUGUAUGCUAAGUGUGGAGACCUUCACGCAGCACAAACACUUUUUGAUCGUAUGGUCCAUAGAAAUGUCGUUUCUUGGACCUCUCUCCUUACUGCUUAUGCCAAACAUGGUUGCCUUGAAAGAGCCAAGGAUAUUUUUAGCCAAAUGCCCGUGAAAAAUGUUGUUUCUUGGAAUUCAAUGAUGUCAAGUUGUAUCCAUGAAGGUUGCUUGCAGGAUGCAUUGGAUCUCUUCUUUGAAAUGUGCAACUCUAAAGUGGAGCCUGAUGAGAUUACUUUGGUUAGCGUUCUCUCAGCUUGUUGCCAACUUGGUGAUUUGGUGAUGGGGAAUAAAGUUCAGGAUUAUAUCCGCUGUAACAACAUAAACUCUAGUGUUACUUUGAAUAAUGCACUUAUAGAUACGUUCUCAAAAUGUGGUUCUCUUGAAAAUGCAUUUGAUCUUUUUAAUGAGAUGCCAGAGAAGAAUAUUGUCUCCUGGAAUGUCAUGAUUGGAGCCCUGGCAUUUCAUGGGUUUGGACAUGAAGCCAUUCAGCUAUUUGAAGAGAUGCAAGCUGGUGGAAAGUGGCCUGACAAGGUCACCUUCAUUGGCUUAUUAUCUGCUUGUUGUCACAGUGGUCUAACAGACAUUGGGUGGUAUUACUUUGACAAAAUGAGUUCUGUGUAUGGAGUACCACGUGAAAUUGAGCAUUAUGCUUGCAUGGUUGAUAUUCUUGGGCGUGGAGGCUUUUUGGAUGAAGCAGUAAAGCUGAUAGGAAGAAUGCCAAUGAAGCCACACACUGUUAUUUGGAGUUCUUUAUUGAAUGCUUGUAGGAUUUAUCAUAAUAUCACAAUUGCAGAGCAGGUCCUAAAGCAGCUGCUGGAGCAGGAACCAUAUGCUAGUCAUUGUGGGCUCUAUGUGCUCAUGUCAAACAUUUAUUCUGAAGCUAAAAGAUGGGGAGACAUGAAGAAUAUAAGAAAAUUGAUGAAUGAUAAUGGUAUCAAAAAGCAUGAUGCAGUUAGUUCCAUUGAAAUCUGCGGCAAUAUACAUGAAUUCAUGGUGAGUGACGAAAGGCAUGCAGAUUCAAGGCAUGCAGAUUCAAGGGCAAUCUACAAUCUGCUUGAUCAGUUCAUGGAUCAUCUAAGAUCUGACGGCUACAUGUAUAGCCUUUCUACUGUACUCUUUGAGGUGGACGAGAUUUAG